GAACCUGUGGGACUGUGGCGGUCAGGACACCUUCAUGGAAAACUACUUCACCAGCUAGAGAGACAACAUCUUCCGUAAUGUCGAGGUUUUGAUUUACGUGUUUGACAUGGAGAGCCGUGAACUGGAAAAGGACAUGCAUUACUACCAGUCUUGUCUGGAGGCCAUCCUCCAGAACUCUCCUGAUGCCAAAAUCUUCUGCCUGGUGCACAAAAUGGAUCUGGUUCAGGAGGAUCAGCGUGACCUGAUUUUUAAAGAGCGAGAGGAAGACCUGAGGCGUUUGUCUCGCCCACUGGAGUGCGCUUGUUUUCGAACAUCCAUCUGGGAUGAAACGCUCUACAAAGCCUGGUCCAGUAUUGUCUAUCAGCUGAUUCCCAAUGUUCAGCAACUCGAGAUGAACCUAAGGAAUUUUGCCCAAAUUAUUGAGGCCGAUGAAGUUCUGCUGUUUGAGAGAGCUACGUUCUUGGUUAUUUCCCAUUACCAGUGCAAAGAGCAGCGUGACGUCCACCGAUUUGAGAAGAUCAGCAACAUCAUUAAGCAGUUCAAGCUGAGCUGCAGUAAAUUGGCCGCUUCUUUCCAGAGCAUGGAAGUUAGAAAUUCUAACUUCGCUGCUUUCAUCGACAUCUUCACAUCAAACACGUACGUGAUGGUUGUUAUGUCGGAUCCGUCGAUCCCUUCUGCAGCUACUCUGAUCAACAUUCGCAAUGCCAGGANCGCCCACCGAGGCCCAGCCUGCGGCGCCCUCGCAGCCCUCGACCCCUCCCUCCGCGCUGCAGUUAGGCCGCACCCUGAGGCCCAGUCCGCGGCGGCCCCGGCGGGUGAUGCCAGACACGGCCAUGAAGAGAAAGGUGCUGCUGAUGGGGAAGAGCGGGUCGGGGAAGACCGGCGUGAGGUCCAUCCAUUAUCUUUGCAAACUACAUUGCUCGGGACACCCGGUGCCUGGGUGCCACCAUGGAUGUGGAGCACUCCCACGUCCGAUUCCUGGGGAACCUGGUGCUGA